UUCCUUUGCCAAUUGCCACUUCGAGGAACCCUAAUAAAUCUGUGAUUAAUGCACCUAACCAAUAUUUAAUUGGUUCUUUAUUUCUUUAUAUGGGUUUGCCGGCAAAACCAACUAAACUACUCAGAUUGAAGACAUCAACAGAAACCAGAGUUUCAGUUUAUUCCCAACAUAAGGGUUAGGGUUUCCCUGUUGGUUCCUCAGUCCGAGUUCUUUCAAUUCCGUUCCAAUUUCGUGUGAUUGAGGUCUCUCUUCACUCCAAUCGCAAUAAAAACAAUGAUUUUGGGGAUUUCUGAUGAGAUGCUUGGGACUUUUGUCCCAAUCAUAAUUUACUGGGUUUAUUCGGGGAUUUACGUUGUUCUUGGUUUGUUUUCUGAGGAUUACCGCUUGCAUACCAAGGAAGAUGAAGAUGAGAAGAAUUUGGUGUCAAAGGGUGCUGUGGUUAAAGGAGUUCUCCUCCAACAGUUAGUUCAAGCGGUGGUUGCAACUCUCUUGUUUGCGGUGACAGGAAGCGAUACCCAAAGUGAUUUGAAUCAGAAUGCUUCCCUCCUUGCUGUGGCCCGGCAAUUUGGUACUGCUAUGUUGGUAAUGGACACAUGGCAAUAUUUCAUGCAUAGGUACAUGCAUCACAACAAGUUCCUAUACAAGCAUAUUCACUCCCAACAUCACAGACUCAUUGUACCUUACUCAUUUGGAGCUUUGUACAAUCACCCUCUGGAGGGACUGCUUCUUGACACCAUCGGCGGGGCUUUGUCUUUCCUUUUGUCUGGCAUGAGUCCUCGGGCCUCCAUCUUCUUCUUCUCCUUUGCCACCAUUAAGACAGUCGAUGAUCAUUGCGGGUUGUGGCUCCCUGGAAACCUUUUCCACGUUAUCUUCAAGAACAAUACAGCAUACCACGACGUGCACCAUCAGCUCUAUGGAAACAAGUACAACUACUCGCAGCCAUUCUUCGUCAUGUGGGAUCGCAUCUUGGGCACUUACAUGCCAUACACAUUGGAGAAGAGGGCUGAUGGGGGUUUUGAAGCCAGACCUUGUAAAGACUCCAAGGAUGAUUAACUUUUUAUCUUAGUGAGUAUUCUUUUUGUGUACUAGUAUUGGUUUUCGUUAUUUAUGAUCAGCACUUCCUGGGUGACCAGCUUUUGUAUAUAAACAUUAUACUGAAUUGCCUACGCUACUAUUGUUCUUCACAUGUCUGUUUAUACUAGUUAGACUUAAUAAGGAAAUUGAGAAGCUACCUAGUUAAGGUGUUAUUUCACCCUUUUAUGUACGGCUGCUAUAAUACUAUUAUCAAAACUUGUAUACAUUACCUUGUUUUGUAAACUUGCUUAAGGAUGCAAUUUCUGA